AAGAGGUUUCAGACAAAAUGAAGGAAUACAAUAGAUACCAGGAAUGAUAAAUAUGAAAUAGAAUAGAAGAGUGUAUAUGAAAGAAGUUCCUCAGUGGAACUCACAAUUACUUAGUGGAAAGCAUCCCAUGUGAUUGAGAAUGCCCUUAGGUGGCAGGCUAAAUUCUGAAAGGGAUUUAGCACCCUAAAAGAAUUAGUUAAUUGUAAAGAGGAGAAGUGGGGUUGAGAAGGCCAGUGAAGUUCGAGGAGAUACCAUGUGGCAUGGAGGAGGGGUAAGGAGAAAGACACCAUAAGGCAGAGCGCUUAUAUUAUGUCUUCUAUCUGGAAUUCUCUCUUUGUGUAGGCUAUUGCAAAAGUUCAUGCCAGAAGUGAUGAUAGCUGUGUGAAUAGUCAUAUAUGAGAAAUAUUAAGGUAGAAAUGACAAACCUUGACUGCAGAUUGGAUAUGUGGGGUGAUUGUGAGUUGAGGGGUUGAGGAUGACUUCAACUUUGUGAUCCUGGUUCCUUGAUAGUAAUAGGAAAGUUUGAAAGAGAUGAGAAUUUUGGGGGAAAGAUAAUGAUUUCUGUUUUGGAUUUGAGUUUGAGAUAUCCAAAAGGCAGUUUGUAAUUUAGGACCAGUGCUCAGAAGAAAAACUAGGGCUCAAUAUAUAGAUCUCAAAGUCAUUUAUAUAGAUAUGAUAAUUUAACUCAUGGGAGUUAAUGAGAUUACCAAGAGAGAUAAGGAGAGCUAGAACAUUCCAGGGGAAUAUUUAUAGUAGGAGUUGAAUUAGGAGAGAGAGCAAUGUUAUUGUUAAAAAAAAACAAAAAACAAAAAACAAACAAACAAACAAAAAAAAAAACACCAGAAACAAAAACAGAGGAAAGGGCACUCAGAAGGUGAUCAAUAGUGUACUAGAGAUCAAAAAAGAUGAGGACUGAAAAAAGGCCAUUAUUAGACUUGGCAAGUAAGAGAUCAUUGGUAAUUUUGGAGAAAGCAGUUUUUACUGAAUGAGUUGAUAAAAUUGGAAGUCAGAUUGUAAAGGGCUUAGAAAAAAGUGACCAAAACUAUCCCAAGCCUCAUAUUUUAUAGGUAAGGCAAUUUAAGUCCAGAAAGGUAAGUGGAAACCAUUAUCUCUAGAUGUGGAAACUAAUAUUCUUUGUCAUUUUCCCUCCUUCUUAAAUCCUCAACAUUAAAUGGUAGUAAAACAGAAACAUCUUGAAUGACACCUUUGGACGCUUAAAUUGGAAGACUUUGGUUCAAAUCCCACCUCUGACCUUUUCUGUAUGACUUAACAGAUUCUUAUGGAAUUAUCUUUAGAAGAAUUGCCAACCUACAUUGGACUGCUUACUGUCUAGGGGAGGCAAGAGGGGAGGAGACGGGAAAAAAUAUGCAAGGUGAAUGUUGAAAAGUAUCUUUGGAAGUAUUUGGAAUAAUAAAAAGCUACUUAAACAACAACAACAACAACAACAACAACACCACAAAAUUAUCUAAUAACCUCCCUCAGCUAGUUUCUUCAUCUGUAAAAACAGGCGUUAGACCGUAUGGCCUCUGAUAUCCCUUCCAUCUCCAGAUCUCAGCUCUAAUGAGGCACAGCAGCCUGUCCAAACGUGGCAAUUGACUGGGCUCGGAAGGUCCGCGUCCAAAACCCGCCUCCGAGGAGGCGGUCACUUCUCCUGACAGGUCAAACCAAGAAAAGACACAUGGCUUAGGCGGGUGGCAUUCCAGUGUUCCGGGAUGGGCAUGGUGACAGUACAGGAAGAUGAUGCCCCUGGCCCUUGGAUGACCCGUGCGCAAUCUGGCAGGAGGGGAAAGGUGGCGCGACAGCCCCCGGGGAGGGAGGAAGAAGCAAAUCCCUCGCCACGUGGGCGCCUGUCCCUCCUGUUCCAGGCUGGAUUCAGUUUCCAGAGAUCACACCUGCCGCUCCACUAGUGGUGGAGGGGAGGCGGCCAACCCCGGGGGCUGGGUCAGAGAAGCAGGGCAGCUUGGUCUGGGACACAAUCUCACCAGGCUCUUGGCCCUGAACCUGGUCUCUCAAAGGCCCUUUCCGCUCCGACUUGCUUAUACAUAGUUCCUUUAAGUCCUUCCCACCGGUGGGACCCGGGUCAGGAUCAGAAUCAAUCAAGGGCAGCUGGGAAUCCUAUGGGGGAGGGACAAGAGGUGGACGUGGAGGAAGAGCGGGGUAAAGGAAAGGGCCGCGGCCCGGGGAACCUUGGCCGUAGCUUAGCCAAUCCCCAAGAGGCAUCUGUGAGCUUCAGCCAAUCGGCGCCCGUUUUGUUUCAGGGUGGGUCCCACCCCCUUUACACCGACUCCCUCUCUCCUCUGGUCUGGCGCCUCCUUAGUUUUGGCUGCUCUUUGAGGGUCAUCGCAGUUGGCCACCACCGGAGCCUCCGAACAGGGCAGUGGGAAUUAACUCUGCUGGCGCUUCUCGGGUUCCCCUGCUGUUGUCACUGAGGAUGAGUGCCCAGUCCGCCGAGUGCAGACCCCGUGGAGACCGCCGGCGCUGUUUUAUCUAGCGACUGGUCUCCCUCGCAAUUAUGGAUAUUUGAAAGGAUUUUAGGCAGUGUGGAGGGGGAUUUCCCCUCCCCACUCAUUCUUGGUGCUUGACUCCUGGAAUAAUUUAUGAACAUUGGAGAGUUUUUUUAUUUUGAUAACAUGCAUUUGAUAUAAACUUUAUAGAUAUUUGUACUUAAAUUUUUUUUAAGUGCCAAAAUAAAUUGCACAAAGAUUCAUAGUUUUGUAUUAUUGUUCUGGGGAAAUGAAUUUGAAUUCUAGGAAUACCAUCUAUCCCCAGCAUAGUGCAGCCUAAAAAGCAUAUUGCUGCUUUGGCUCUCAUUUUUCAAUUAAAAAAAACACACACACACAAAAUAAAGCUAGUUUUAAACAGUGUGAAAAAGAGUAGGAUGAGUUCUUCAAUGCCUGACUGUACUUUAAAAUGUCGAUCCCUGAAGCAUGCUUUAGAUAUCCUUUCUGUAGUAACAAGGGGAAAUGAAGGCCAAAUUAAGGCCUUUCUCUCUACUUACUGUUACAAUGCUGCAACUAUCAAGGAUGCCUUUGGAAGGAAUGUUCUUCAUCUUGUUUCAUCAUGUGGAAAGAAAGGAGUGCUGGAUUGGCUUGCAGAAACAAAAGGAGUAGAUCUUUUGGUGAAAGACAAGGAGUCGGGAUGGACAGCAUUGCAUAGAAGUAUUUUUUAUGGACAUAUUGAUUGUGUUUGGUCACUUUUGAAGCAUGGUGUUAGUUUGUAUAUUCAGGAUAAAGAAGGUUUAUCAGCUUUGGAUCUUGUAAUGAAGGACAGACCAGCCCAUGUAGUAUUCAAGAAUACUGAUCCUACAGAUGUCUAUACUUGGGGAAAUAACAUAAAUUUUACUUUGGGUCAUGGAAGCCAAAAUAGUAAGCAUCAUCCUGAACUGGUAGAUCUCUUCUCCAGAACUGGAAUUUAUAUCAAGCAGGUGGUACUUUGUACCUUUCAUUCAGUUUUUCUGUCUCAGAAAGGGCAAGUUUACACUUGUGGUCAUGGUCAAGGAGGACGCUUAGGCCAUGGAGAUGAACAAACAUGCCUGGUCCCUAGACUGGUAGAAGGACUAAUUGGUCAUAACUGCUCCCAAGUGGCAGCUGCUAAGGAUCAUACUAUUGUUUUAACUGAGGAAGGAAGUGUAUAUACUUUCGGUCUAAAUACUUUUCAUCAAUUGGGUAUUAGUCCUCCACCAGCUAGGUGCAGUGUUCCGAGACAGAUUCAGGCAAAAAAUCUGAAAGGAAGAACAAUUAUUGGAGUGGCUGCAGGCAGGUUCCAUACAGUGCUAUGGACUAAAGAAGCUGUUUACACUAUGGGACUAAAUGGUGGACAACUAGGAUAUUUGCUAGAUCCCAAUGGAGAAAAGUGUGUAACGGCUCCCCGACAAGUCUCAGCUCUGCAUCAUAAAGAUGUUAUUGUAUCCUUGGUUGCUGCAAGUGAUGGUGCCACAGUGUGUGUUACAAAGAAAGGAGAUAUUUAUUUACUUGCAGAUUAUCAGUGCAAGAAGAUGGCUUCAAAGCAACUCAACUUGAAAAAGGUUCUUGUGACUGGGGGACAUAUGGAAUACAAAGUUGAUCCUCAGCAUCUGAAAGAAAAUGGGGGUCAAAAAAUUUGCAUUCUUGCACUGGAUCAAGCUGGGAGAGUGUUUUGCUGGAAAUCAGUUAGCAGCUAUAUGAAACAGUGUCGAUGGGCUUAUGGUCGCCAGGUCUUCAUGUCAGAUAUUGCUUUAAAUAGGAAUGAAAUACUGUUUGUUACCCAAGAUGGUGAAGGAUUUACAGGGAAAUGGCUUGAAGAAGGAAAAAAGAAUACUGAAAGAAAAGAAGUUAUAUCAAACCUCCAUAAUUCUUCAUCAGAUGGAUCUUGUGUCUAUGACACAAGUAGUGUGUAUGAGAGAAUUCGGCUUACGAAACUUACUUUUGUCCACAGAGCUGUCAGUAUCAGCACGGAUCCAAGUGGAAGUAACUUUGCAGUUUUGCAAUCAGACCCUAAGACAAGCCUUUAUGAAAUUCCAACUGUGUCCUCAUCAUCUUUUGCGGAAGAUUUUGGCACGCUGUUGGAAGAAACAGAUGAGAUGGACAAUACCCAUGAUGUGACAUUUCAAGUUGGCAAUAAAACUUUUCCUGUGCACAAAUACAUUUUGGCUAUGCGAUCAGAAUUUUUCAGGAAAUUAUUCACUUCUGAUGGUAUUUCUGUUGAUUGUCCAGAUGUUUACCGCAAAGAUGAAGAUGCUGUAGGGUGUGAUCUUUUUGUUAUAGAGAAGGUUCACCCUGAUUUGUUUGCUUACCUUCUACAAUAUAUCUACACAGACACUUGUGAUUUUUUAACUCAUGGCUAUAAACCAAGGAUGGUAAUUAAGGAAAAAUCAGAUGAAUAUCAAGAUACUCUAAUUUCCAAUUUUGAUAAAAUGAGUUUCCAUGAAGAUAUUAAUCAGAAGUCAGCACUGGAAGUUUACCGAAGUAAUCAAACCCACACAGUCAAUGAAAGACAAAAAAAUAAAAUGAAGCCUUCUAAAAAGGGUAAAAGUGUGGGUGAAGAUGUGAAUCCUGUAAAGAUGUUGCAAAAUAUUGCAAAGAAAUUUGAUGUCAACAGUUUGAGUAGUAGACUGAAUGGAGUCAGAUUUGAAAAUGAAAAAAUAAGUGUUGUUACAGCAGAAACUGGAAACAAACCAAAACUAAAUCAGAAACAAUGUUCAUUUCUUUAUGAUGUGACCAUGAAAUCAAUGGAUGGGAAAGAAUUCCCCUGUCACAGAUGUGUACUUUGUGCUAGGCUUGAAUAUUUUCACAGCAUGUUGAGUAGCUCAUGGAUUGAGGCUUCUAGUUGUGCUGCUCUGGAAAUGUCAAUACAUUCUGAUGUACUACAAGUUAUCUUGGAUUACCUUUAUACUGAUGAAGCCCCUGCAAUAAAAGACUCUCAAAGUGUGGAAUUUGUUUGUAAUGUUCUUGUUGUGGCUGAUCAACUACUAAUAAUUCGAUUGAAAGAAAUCUGUGAAGUGGCAAUAACAGAAAAACUUACUCUAAAGAAUGCUGCUAUGACAUUGGAGUUUGCAGCAAUGUAUAAUGCUGAACAGUUGAAAUUGUCUUGUUUACAGUUUAUAGGACUAAAUAUGGCAGCUUUACUUGAAGCAAGGACACUCGAUGUUUUAAGUGAUGAUGUUUUGAAGGAUCUUUCUGUAUUCUACAGAAAAAUGAUACCAGCAAUGGAUAGAAGGGUAAUAACACCAUAUCAAGAUGGUCCAGAUAUCAGCUACUUGGAGGCAGAAGAUGCUGAUGUUUUUUUGAAAGGAGAAAUGAACAUGGAACACAAUUACCAAGAAGCUUUCUUCAAAAAGGCCAAGACAAAAGCCAAAAAGAAGCCACGAAAACGUUCAGACAGCUCUGGGGGUUAUAACCUUUCAGACAUUAUUCAGAGCUCACCUUCCACAGGAGCAGAGAUGUUGCAACAUGGUUCAAAUUAUAGCAGUGAUGCUUUUAAGGAUGCCAUGGGCUUGGUAAAAUUGGAUAAAACCAACUCUGCAGAAUCUCUUCCAGAAUUACUGACAUCAGACUCUGAAGGUAGCUAUGCUGGAAUAGGUAGUCCUAGAGACUUGCAGUCUCCUGAUUUCACAACAGGAAUUCAUCCAGAUAAGAUUGAGGUGAUGAAAAUUAAAACCUAUGUUAAUGGUGCAUACCCUGUGCAUGCUAGUGAAUAUGUAAAACCAUAUGAAGAAUUACCAGCACUUAAAAUGUCUGUUCCACAGUCUAUUCCCAGUAAUCAAAUCAACUGUGCAAGCUCUUCUAAUUGGGUUGCCAGUUCUUUCAGCCCGGUCAGCCCUCCUGCCAUGGAUCUUAGAACUAUCAUGGAAAUUGAAGAAAAUAUGCAAAAGUGUGGAACUACACCAAAGACAAAUUCAAGCAAAACCACUUCUCAUGGGAUUAAACUUUCUCAAAAGCAAAGAAAACUGAUUGCCAUGGCUGCCAAGGAGAACAACCCAGGAAUGAAUAGUGUGGAAACUACAGUCAUGACCACUCCUUCUAUAUCUGCAAAAGCCACAAAACCAGGAAAUGCCUGGACAUCUUCUCUCAAUUCUGCUUCAUCCAAGUCAUUCCGGGAUCUUUUACUGGAAGAAAAAAAAUCUGUUACAAAUCACACUCCAACAAAUCAUGUCAAAAAAGUUUGCUUUAAAAGAAUUGAAGAUUCUCAAGCUUUAAAAUCUGUAAGAUAUUCAACACGAAAUAACUCAGGACCCGAAGGUGACCAUACUUCAGAUUUGCCUCUGAUAGAGAGUUCCAAUCCUUGGCUGUCUUCAUCACUGACUGCCCCUCCUGUGAAUGCUCCUGUUACUUUUGCAGCUAUUGUGGAGGAAGAGCUGCAGCAAGAGGCAGCUCUUAACAGAAUUCGAGAAAAACCAUUGGCCCUGAUCCAGGUUGAGGAACGUGCAAUACAAGACUUGUUGAUCCACUAUGAGGCAUAUGGCAAUCCUGAUGAGUUUGUCAUUGUUGAAAGGGCACCUCAGGGACCUAUUGCUGUACCUAUGUGGAACAAGCAUGGUUACUAAUCUACUACAGAUUAGAUAUGUCUAUUUCAUAUUCUUAAUCUUUAUAGUGGAAAAUAGGCUGAGGGAAAGAAUUUUCAUAACAUCAACAGCUCAUUCUGGAAUAAAAGAAGAAUUUCAUUUGUCCAUAGCAGUGAUUUUAAGUAUAAUGUAUAAUCAAAAGGAGAUUUCAGAAUUGUGUUUUUAGUAAUUAAAAAAAAAAAGGUAUGAUAAACAUUUAACCACAUUAAGUUUAAGUAGAAUUAUUUACUUUAAGUUAAAUAUGCAAGUAAGGAGAAGGAUAAGUGAUGAAAAUAUAAAAAGUGACAGAUUAAAAAAGAUAAUUUGAGAAUUUGUGGUUAAUAGUUUAGAAAAAUUUGCCAAAUGUUUCUUGGUAUGCUUAUGGUUACAACAAAAUUGAUAUGAUUGAAACAGGGACCCUAACUAUUGCUUUCUCAAUUUACUAUUGAUGAUAGUUUGAUGAUAGACACCUAAAGGGAUAUAUUAAGUAAUGAAUCUGAGGUUUUAGAUACUAAUGCUUCAUCAUAGCACUCGUUUUCUGUGUAGUUGAGAGUGUUCUAGAUUCCACUGAAGUAGUUUAUUCUUCAAUAUGAUCUCAGCCUUUGAAUAUAGAGGAAAGGAAGAAGGAAAAAUAAUAUCGUAUAGUUGAAGUUAAAAUAAUUACAGUUCCGCAUUGCAGUUGAGAGGCCCGCUAACUUUUAGAUCUUUUUGAAGACUAAUUGAAAGAAAUCAGUUUCUCUGUGUGCUGAAAAUUUCCAGAAUGAAUGUUUGAAUUAUGAAUGUAUAAAAUGACUAGUUUGGAAGAGGAUUGAUAAAUGGCUUUGCAGUAUUGUGCAUACAAACUAUUUCUGUGCCUGGUUCAUCUGAACAAAUUUAUAUUAAAAAAAAAAAAAAGGCAUUAGCCUUACAUUAGACAGGUUUCUUUGUCUGCAUUUGAAUAGAUUUAAUUUUAAAAGUUUUGCCAUCUUAGUUGAGAUUCUGGGUGGAGUAAAAAGGAAAAAAUACAAAAGUCUUACACAUAUGUGGAAGAAUGGACUAAAUAACACACUUUGAUGGAAUUAACUUGUUUUGGAAAGAAAUGUGGCUGCAACUCACUAAUGAUUUCAUGUUCUGCUAUACCAAAACCAAAAAAAAAAAAAAAAUCUACCCUCAAAAACACAGAAUACACAGCAAAUAUGUAAAGCAGAAGUUCAAUAAAAAGUUAAAUCUUGAUUCACA